AACUGUCCCCCAUAUGGGCUUUCACUUUAAAUAUAUGCAAUGGGAUAUGGGUGCUCGUCUACGAAAAACACCUCAAAUUUGAGUUAGAAACUGCAGAUCUACAAGAAGCUCUAGUGGAAUUACAAGCCAAACAUCUGGUCACAGUCAGGUGUCUUGUAAUCUAAUAGCUCAUUGUUGAUUUAAAAUGGGUUUGCGUGGCACAGGCUUUCUCCUCCAGUGUUACCUGAUGUUGGCAGCAGCAAUGUAUUUUGAUCUCGGAGAACAGGAGGAAAGGUGCAUCAUUGAGGAGAUUCCUGAAGACACGCUGGUGACUGGUUAUUUUUUGCUGGAGCCUUGGGACUUGAAGGCUGCAACCCACUCCCCCCACUUUGGCGUCACUGCAACAGUCAAAGAUCCAAAUGCUGAGGUUUUGAUGUCCAAACGCUAUGGAAGAUCAGGUAAAUUCACCUUCACAGCUCAUGCCUCUGGUCAGCACUACCUUUGCUUCCAAACCAACUCCACAAGGUUUGCUGUCUUUGCUGGUGAAAGGCUGAAGCUACAUCUGGAUGUUCAAAUGGGUGAGCACUCAGUUAACCCCACUGCUGACAGAGCCAAAAGCAGCAUGGAGACUCUGGAGAAUAGUCUCAGCCACCUCAUAGAGCAGAUGACGUACAUCACCCGGCAGCAGGAGUACCAACGGGAGAAGGAGGAGGUGUUCCGACAGGUCAGUGAAGAUGCCAACAGUAAAGUGUUGUGGUGGGCUGUAGUGCAGACCUCAAUUCUGCUGUCAGUUGGGUUCUGGCAGAUGAAACGACUCAAGGACUUCUUUGUCGCCAAGAAACUGGUCUGAUAAUGAGCUGUGACCUGUCAAUGCUGUACCUUAUUGUUUAUAUUUUGAAUGUCCUGCCCACAACCGAACAAGUGCAUCUUCUGCAUGUUGUAACAAGAAUGCUUCAGGCCAAGAACUUCAGGAUACAAGGUUAAAAAUUAUGAACGACUGACAUAAUGAAAUAAUAAAAUUAAGUGUAAAGAUUUAGGAAACAUGAAUUGCUUUUAAAAUUUCCUCUGUGGCUAUCUCAGCAGAUAUUACCACCAGGUUAAUAGAAAAUUAAAGCUAUUUUAAGCAGAAAUGUUUGAUUGUUUUAGUAUUAUUGGUCAUCUUAAAGGGUAUCUGUAUUUCAAAACUUGUCCCGUGAUCCAAUGUUUUGCAUGUGGAAAAGCUGUUCAUGGACUUUAAGUAUACAACAGAAUAAAGAACACCCUGUAA